AGCUCCUACCACAACAAACAAUGCUCUCCAUGGCGAAAAACUUAGCCUCCCAAGAGUUCUCGCCGUCCACCGCCGGUGUCGGCUACGGUUCUCUCUUCGACGAGCAGCGGUGGCUCCACCGCGUUCAGAACAACUUCAACAAGGACACCGUCGACGACCUCCGCUUCGUCGCGAAGGUCUUCGACGUCCCGAAGAUCCUCCGCGCCCUCAAGCCCGAGGCCUACGUGCCCCAGCUGUUCGCCUUCGGCCCCUACCACCAACACCGGCCCGAGUUCCGCGACAUGGAGCGGUACAAGCUCUCCGCCGCCAGGAGGGCGGAGAAGCUGUUCAGAGACGGCGCCAAGUUCGGCCACCUCGUCAAGGAGAUCGUCCAGCAUGAAGACCACAUCCGCGCUCACUACCACAGAACUAUUGAUUUAAAUGAGGACACCCUAGCGUGGAUGAUGGCGAUCGACGCGUGCUUCUUGCUCGAAUUCCUGCGGAACUAUCACCACGUUGAGGAAGAAGGAAAGGCUCUUGUUAACACCGCGGUGAACUGGGUGAACACCAUUGUUAGGGACAUCAUGAUGCUCGAGAACCAGAUCCCCCUCAUUCUCUUAACGAAGACAUUAGAGCUCAUCAAAUGCUCAUCUGAUGAUGCUUCAAACGAGCUAUCACCGGUCUUUGAUAGAUUCAUCAAAGAGGUCUCUCCUUUUAAGAUCACGGGCAAUAUCGUCGUCGAUACUGCUAAGCACGGGCAUCUACUCGAACUCCUCUACUAUACUCUAGUCCCCACGUCGGAAGCCUCCCUUGAUCAAAUAGAGAUGGAUGUUUCAAAUGGGCUGUACGAAAACCUCGCGGAAGAGUUUGAGGACACCGAGAAGGUGAAAAAAGCAUUCGAAGAGGUCGCGAAUCUAAACAUCGGCCCGAUUCGAUUCCUCAAGGAAAACCUCGUAAAGAAACCGAUGAAUUUUCUAGCGAGCGUUCCAGGGAUGCUUAUGAGAAAGAUACCGUUACUUUCGGCCCUAGCUCCCCUUGUUGAGAAGAUAAUCUCUCAAACAAAUGUCGAGUCCAAGUUGGCCGAUGGAACCCUAGUUAGCAAUAUCAUUAGAUCACCUUUGGUAGAUGAGAUCAUGAUUCCCAGCGUCAGCGAGCUUGUCAGCGCCGGUGUAAAAUUUGUCCCUGCGCAGGAGAACGGGAUGAAUGGGAUUAAUUUCGAUGCUAUAACCGGAGUUUUUACUCUGCCCGUCGUCACGCUAGAUGCUAACAGUGAAGUCAUACUGAGGAAUUUGGUAGCAUACGAGGCUUCGGCGGUACUGAAAGGGCCUUUAUUUCUAGCACGGUACACCGAACUGAUGAACGGAAUUAUAGACACGACAGAAGACGUGCAGAUACUGAGGCAAAGCGAGAUCAUACGGAAUCACCUGAAGAGCGAUAAGCAAGUGGCGGAUCUGUGGAACGGGAUGAGCCGGUCGAUUCGGCUUACGAGCGUGCCCCAGCUUGACCACGUGAUCAAGGAAGUGAACAUGCACCACAGCAGGAAGAUGAAGGUGAAGGUCGACAAGUUUCUCAAGAAGUACGUGUUCGAGUCGUGGAAGAUCCUCACUCUGUUAGCAGCUAUAAUCCUUCUGGGCAUGACCGCAUUGCAGGCCUUCUGCUCGGUGUAUACAUGUAAUCGGUGGUUCAAGGCAAUAGAACCCCCGCCAUCCGGGCAACAAUAGAAUAAAUUUAUGCGUCUAAAUCAUGUAUACCUUCUAAGCCCUAAUUUAAUAGUUAUGUCACUAAUCUUGU